AUUUUUUACUCCACCCAAUCUAGGCUUCCUUUGACUGUGCAUUGAUAUUCCUUAGGAUGGAGCUGGUUCCAAAAUUUCUAGCUGGACUUAUCUUGCUGACUUUAUGUGUCGGGGGCUGUUACGCCCAACACUGGUCCUAUGGAUUGCGCCCUGGAGGAAAGAGAAAUGCGGAAAAUUUGAUUGAUUCUUUCCAAGAGAUAGCCAAAGAGGCUGAUCAAUUGGCAGAACCUCAGCAUUUUGAAUGCACCAUAAGCCAGCCUCGUUCUCCCCUCAGGGCCCUGAAAGGAGCUCUGGAAAGUUUGAUUGAGGAGGAAACUGGGCAGAAGAAGAUUUAAAUCCAUUGGGUCAGAAGGACUGACAACACUUAGCUAUAAUCCUGACACUGAGUCAACUGUGAGGAUUUUGGAAUUUCUUAUACA